GGCGCUCGCACGUCGGGGGCUGGAGCCGGACGGGCCGCAGGAUCCGUCGGCGUCCCGGCGAGCGCAGCGUUCGCCUCCCGCCCGGCGAAGCCUGAACAGCCAGGCAGGGCGCAGGCGUCGCCCGCUGCCGCCUCGCAAGGCCCGGGGGGGCUUCUGAGGGUCCGCCCAGGGCAGCCCGGGCAACUCCCCCAGCUCCCACCAGUAUAAGAGGAGGCCCCUAGGCGGAGCGGCACGUACGGGGGCUGCCGUUGCCAUGGCAGUUCCCGCCGAGGCAGGAGAAGCAGCAGCGGGAAGUCCCGCCGUGCGCGGCUGUCCCUGCGCGGCGGCCGCGGCUCUAGCCCCGCGCCCGGGGGCGAGGGCUGGGCCAGGCCCCUGCGCGUGCCGCGUGGAGGUGGCGCCACGAGGAAGUGGCGCCUCUCGCCCGCUUCCCCCGGGCUCCGGCCAAGAUGGGUUCCUAUCUUGUUAAUGCAACAUUCCAGUCCAAAAUAACAGAAGAGGCAGAUAUUAUUGUUGGAAUGAUUUAUACAGUGUUUGGUGAAAACUAGAAAUUUCUGGUGAUACUUUCAUUCUAUUUCUGAUAUUCUGCAUGCAGAUCAUCAUCAACAAAGCAAGGUGAAAACUUGCUCUCGCUGGAAAGUGAACUGCACAUGAAACGAUCCCAUGAUAGCCAACCCUGCUCAGAUCACUGGCUCGCUUCAGUGUGACUUUCCAGCAUGCACUAUGUUAGUGGUUUCACGGCUACUGCAGGACCUUGUAAGAGAAAGGAGCCAGCCUGUUGGGCACGGGAGUGUCAGCAGAGUCCUAAAGCAGCUGUGACAUCCAUAUGGUGCAUGCUGGAACAUCAUAUCGGAGUUUGAGCUGGUAAUCCAAACAGGGCUGGGUGCUGUGGGACCUUGAAAGCAAAUGGAAAAGGAAUAUGCUCCUUGUGUGGAAAUGGUAUUCUUUUGUAUGUUUCCUACAAGAAAAAGAAUUUGCUAAAACCAGCAGAAUACUUCAUGAUCAAUCUUUCCAUCAGUGACCUUGGUAUGACUCUGACCUUGUACCCUCUAGCUGUUACAUCCAGCCUUUCUCACAGAUGGUUGUAUGGUAAACAAGUUUGCUUGUUCUAUGCAUUUUGCAGUGUACUUUUUGGGAUCUGCAAUCUGUCAACACUAACAUUACUGAGUACUGUGUGCUGCCUCAAAACUUGUUUCCCAGCUUACGGGAACAGAUUUAGGCGAGAACAUGGACGAAUCUUGAUAGCCUGCGGAUGGGCCUAUGCAGCAAUUUUUGCCUGUUCACCCCUAGCUCACUGGGGAGCAUAUGGACCAGAGCCCUACGGAACAGCUUGUUGCAUUGACUGGCAUUCAUCAAAUGUAAACACGGUGGCAAUGUCUUACACCAUAGCUCUCUUUGUCUUCUGCUUUAUCAUCCCCUGUGGGGUAAUUGUUACGUCCUAUACCCUCAUUCUGAUAACUGUCAAAGAAUCCAGAAAGGCAGUGGAACAGCAUGUCUUGGGUCCCACCAGAAUGAGCAACGUACAGGCUAUUACAGUCAAGAUGAGCAUUGCUGUAUGCAUUGGAUUUUUUGCUUCCUGGAGCCCAUAUGCCAUCAUAGCCAUGUGGGCAGCCUUUGGAUCCAUAGAAGGGAUUCCUCCCCUAGCCUUUGUUGUGCCAGCUGUCUUUGCAAAGUCCUCAACACUCUACAACCCAGUUACCUAUCUUCUUCUGAAGCCCAAUUUCCGAAGCAUCCUUGCCAGAGAUUUUGGAGUUCUCCAGCAAUUAUGCAUCAGGACUUGUUUUUGCCUCAAGGCCCUACAGAGCUGCAGUUAUAGGUCAGUUCUGGAAGUCAGCCUGAAUUCAUUUAAAGGGAGAAAUGAGUCCAACUGUAACUCGGUGCAGACUGUGGAAGGAUGUUCUUACUUCCCUUGUGAAAAGUGCAAUGAUACUUUUGAAUGCUUUAAGAACUAUCCAAAAUGCUGCCAGGAGAGGUUAAGCACUAUGGAAUGCACUCCUCAAGAAAGUGUGUCUUUGGAGAGUAGUCUCCAAGCAAAACAGAAGCAGGUUGCCAAGAAAUCUGUAAAGGUGGUUGUUCAAGGAGAAGAAAGCACUCAAAAUAAUAACUUUGAAAUCACCUUGGAAACAAUACCUGCACACAACAGAUUUGCAAAUCUUUAGAGUUUCAUUUAAGAAACAAUAAUGUAAUGGUACCAGACUUCUGAAUGUAACCUUUUCUAAACAGCCCACCCACUGUCCACUUUCUAUACAGUUUUCCUGGUUCCCUCACCUGUCCUUUGAUAGAAUACCUAAUGGAGCAUGAACUUGUUAAAAAGAAUGUUUGACUCUCACAAUGCAGACUUCAAUAAGUAUCUUGUGCUAACUGUAUUCAAACAGUACUUACUUAAUAUUUAUAUUUCAGUGGUGCUCAGAAGCCUCUAUCAGGAUUGGGGUUGAAUCAUGCUAGGUUCUGUAUAAACAUAUACAAAGCUGCAGUCUCUGUCCCAAAGAAUUUGAAAUCUAAGUAAUUAGUCUUGCGUUCCUCAAGAGACACCAUCCAAACCAUCAGUGAAAUAAACUGCAUAUAUUUAGUUAUAUAAAUGAUCAUGUGGCAGCAGCACAUUUUGGUGAAGUUUCUAUGGUGGUUCAUAGGGAAAGUACUUGAAUGCCAGUGUCCUAACCAUUUAAACUCUACCGGUGAUUCAUCAUCAUCAUGUUCCCAUUACGCCUCUGGCAUUUAGGGCAGUGAUGAAGCUCCUCCACUCCUAUCUGUUUCUGGCAAGUCUUUCAAUGGUUCCCCAGCUGUGCCCCAGGUU